AUGGCGCUGGCCAUAGACAUCGCCGAGUCACCAGAGAUGCGCAUCCAACGGCUGAUAUCCGAGAAUCCUGUGAUAAUCUUCAGCCGCUCGUCUUGCUGCAUGUGCCACGUCAUGAAAAAGCUGCUCUUCUCCGUCGGCGUCCACCCCACUGUCAUCGAACUGGACGAGGACGAGAUCGCUGCCGUUGGAAGUGGCGGCGCAGCGCCUCCGGCCUUGUACAUAGGCGGCACAAGCGUCGGUGGGCUGGAAAAUCUUGUGGCACUUCACUUGAGUGGCCAUCUUGAGCCUAAACUUAAAGAAGUUGGUGCUCUUACAAAUAUGGUAAUUAAAAUUAUUAAUGUUAAUUAA